GGUAAAGUUAUCUUGAUUCCAAGAGCUAGAAAGAGCACCAAUUAUUCUAUCUGAGGAAUUUUCCAAUUCCGAGUCCAUGUCGAUAUCCAAUUUCUUCUUUAAACUCUUGCGAUUUGGUACAUGUAUUUCAGAAAUUGUUCUAGCCAAGAAAAGCCUCCGUUUCUUCCAUUCAACCAACGAAAAUUUGAUCAAAAGCCUCCUGGAGCUGCUGUCGACUGUUAUUCUGAGCGGAGUUUUGUGAUCUCUUAUUAAGUCCAAAUAGAGAAGACAAGAUCACCAACACCUGGUAGAUCUUUGUGAUUUUUUUCUUUCGGUUGAAAGAGAUACUGGGAUGCGGAGGACUUCUUCGUGGCUCGCCUCCUUUCCCGUGUCUUCUUCAGCGAGAGAUGCCGCCGCCUUUCGAACUGGCCGCCAUGUCAUCCUUCCACCAACUCCUAGAAGGAAUACUGGAUCAUCUUCUCGUGAAACCGCCCCGAAUAAGAAAAUCCGGGGUGGAAACUCGGAGUUGGAAAGCCUGGUGAUCGAACGAUGUCGAUCGGAGGCUCUUGCAAUCGAAGAUGCGAUCGAUUUGUUUGACACUGCCGCGAGUGCGAGCCCGAAACCCUCCAUCUAUGCCAUCAACGUCCUCCUCAACGCCAUCUGUCGAAUGAAGCAUUACCCAACUGUUCUCUCUCUAUACAACAAACUAAAUCAAAUGCAAGGAAUCCCGCCCAGCAUGCCCACAUAUGGAGUCCUUAUCAAAUGUUGCUGUCGCAUGAAUUGGGUGGAUUUGGGCUUCGGCGUCUUCGGGGACAUCCUGAAACGUGGCCAUGUCCCCGACGCUAUAAUCUUCAACUCUCUUGUCGAUGGUCUCUGCUCCGAGAAGAGGGUAAGCGAAGCAGCCACGGUGUUCGAUAGAAUGUCUCGGAUGGAAUGUCAACCUAAUGUCUUCUUAUACAAUGCUCUCAUCAAGGGGCUGUGCGGUAGUGGGCACAUGGGCUUAGCAUUGGAGCUGCAUCAGAAAAUGGCCACCUUGGGUGAUUGUUGCAAACCCGAUGUGGUUACGUAUAACACAAUUAUCGAUUACCUUUGCAAAGAAGGAGCUGUAAGCAAGGCUCUCAAACUGUUUGAUGAAAUGACUCAUGCUGGUAUUGCCCCAGAUGUUCGCACAUACAACAGCAUUAUUCAUGGGCAUUCGACUUUAGGCUGCUGGAAAGAGGCAAUCAAUAUUUUCAAGGAAAUGGUCGAUCGAGACCUUUCGCCGAAUGUGGUGACAUUCAGCAUGCUGAUGGAUUCACUUUGCAAGCAUAACAAGACUGCAGAAGCUCAUAAACUACUUGAUUUGAUGAAUGAAAAAGGUGAAAAGCCAGACUUAAUCUCAUAUACUGUAUUGGUGCAAGGAUAUUGCCAGGAGAGCCGUCUUGCAGAUGCAAGGAAAGUCUUUGAUUCCAUGUCAGGUAAAGGUCUUUCUCCCGAUUGUUAUACAUACUCUACCUUGAUUAAUGGAUUCGUCAAGAAUCAAAAAAUGGAUGAGGCUGUGGAGCUAUUCAAGAAAAUGCAACAACAAGGUUUGAAGCCUAAUGUUGUUACCUAUAGUGCUCUACUAGAUGGACUAUGCCAUGUUGGAAGAGUGGAGGAUGUUGGAAACCUCCUUGAUGAGAUGGUGGCACAAGGAAUCCACCCAAAUGUAAUCACUUACAGCUCUAUAAUAUGUGGUUUUGGUAGACAUGGGAAGUGGAAAGAAGCUUUUCAGUUGCUUAAUGAAAUGAUAGAGCGAGGAAUCCAUCCGAACAUCGUGACACUCACUGCAUUGAUCAAUUUCAUUUGUAAAGAAGGAAAGGUUCAAGAGGCACAUAGAUUAUUGGAAAAGAUGAUUAGUGGGGGCAUUGAGCCUAAUGUUGUUACUUAUAGUACACUAAUAGAUGGUUACUGUAUGGUAGGGCGAAUGAAUGAUGCAGUGAGAGUUUAUGACUUGAUGGUUUCAAAAGGCCUUAAGCCCAAUACUGUAACAUACAAUACAUUAAUUGAUGGAUAUUGCAAAAGGUGGAGGAUUGAUAAGGCUCUGAGUCUGUUUAAUGCAAUGCCUGGUAAUGGAGUGCAGCAUACAGUAGUUGCAUACACCACCAUAUUAGCUGGAAUGUAUCGUGUUGGUAGGGUUACCGAUGCUGAAAAAUUCUUUGACAAGAUGCUUGCUGCUGGGGUACGUCCAAACCUUUACACAUAUAAUACAAUCUUGGAUGGGCUUUGCAGAAACCAGUGUAUUGAUAUAGCUAUGAAGCUAUUUCAAGAUGCAUUAUUGUCCGAUGUUAACCUCGACAUUUUCUCUUUCAAUACAAUAAUUGAUGGUUUGUUUAAAGUUGGUAAGAUCAAUGAAGCCAAAAAUCUCUUCAGUACAAUCUCUACCAAAAAUUUGAAGCCGACUAUUAUUACUUAUACGAUAAUGGUGAAAGGACUAAUAAAGGAAGGGUUGUUUGAAGAGGCUGAUUAUUUGCUCUUGCACAUGGAGAAAUCUGGUUAUCCUGCAGAUUCUGUAAUGUUCAAUGCCAUGGUUCGUGGUUUGCUGGAGAAAGAUAAGAUAGAAAAAGCAAUGGAAAUUAUUAGAAAAAUGAAGGAGAAAAGCUUUUCUUUUGAGGCAUCAACUGCUUUUCAGAUAUUCGAGAUGUUAUCAAAGAAUGGACAAUAUCAUGAUUAUCUGAAGUUACUUCCAGAUUUUUCCAAGCACUCUGCAAAGUGAACGAAGUUACCAUGAAUCGUUAAUGAUCUUCUGCCUGGGACAACAACAUUGCGAUGGCCACCAUUGAGUGGGGAAGCCAGGUAUCUGAAUUUGAUCAUGCUUGCUUUUGAGCAGAUGAAGAGAUGAAUUCUACAUGUUCUUUGAAGAUAAUGCUAGAAUUGUAGUGGAUCUGAAGGGUGAAAUGCAGAAGUCCGCUAUCACUGAACUUACUGGAAGGAUUGUGCUGAUAUUUGGCAUGGAUUGCAGCUCAUAUUUGCAUCCAGUGUGAGAAGCAAUGAGGAUCCAAAUUCAUGCAGGCAUUCUAGAUUGCGAGUUUGGUAUAAUGGGCACCAUCUCCUUUUGACGUCACAUAGAAUACCUACCAUUUAGUCAUUUGCUAGCAUUGAUAUUCCUGAGGGAGUUUGAGAAAGUUCAACUGACAUGUCACAAGUGUAAUUGCUGAACUAAUCAAGUGUGUAAAUGACCAAUAUCAAAUCAAUCGUGAAGCAAUUGGCACAGGUGUUUUAAUUAAAACCAUAGAUGACUAUGAUCCCUUAGAGAUGGAACAGUCACAAACACACGAAGCGAAUGUGCUUAGUGAUCUCGAGGUGCAUAUUUGUGGAUGAUAUGAAGCAAUGUGAAGGGGUUGUGACAGCGCACUAAUGUGGAUGACUAGGUGAUUGUUACUAUUCAGGAGAGUGGAGCAUUUCUACUAAUUGAAGUUAUCUAUUAAUUCUUAAAUAGUUCUUAGGAUAUUUUUCCCCUGGUCAGAAAUCAAAAAUAUGGGCUUGGUUGUAAUCACUUUUCUUAAAGGAACUGCACGACAUGCAUCAAAGUUGUAUGCUCGUGGUGUCCAUAAGGUCUCUGAUUGGUUCCUAUGGUUGGAAAAUGCAGCAGGUUUGACUUGUUAUAUCUGAAUUCAUUAGUCUACGUCCCAUGCAGAAAAGGUCCUAUCUCCAUACUCCCCUCCCACCAGAAAAAUAAGAAAAUUUGGGAGAAGGAAAAAAGAAAAAAAAAUGGUAACACUUGUGAUUGAUGUGAUGCAUGGUUUUAUAGCCAUAGCUAUUAGUGAGAUCAACCAUGCAGCUAAUGAAACAGCUGUCGCAUGCUGUUUAAUAUCUGAUUCAUCUAUGUACAGAAUUUGUCUUAUAAUGUGCUGUGCUUUCCUUGCUUUUGACUAGAUAAAUAUCUAGCAAAUUUUAUCCAUUUUGCUUCGACAUACGUGAAUAUUCUCAGGCAUGCAAAAUUUCUUUUUGCUA